CACGGUAUGUACCUGUAUGUAGGCGUAAGCUGUGAAUCUUUACUUAACUCUGAAAAUCGUUGGCAAAUGGAAUACGAAAAAUUGCAAAUGAGCACUGGUAGUGAUACAGGGAGUUAAACAAACAAUUAAACAAUGGGUAAAUCCUUUAAUUCUUGCUCAAUAGCGACUGAAGCGCUUCCGAGGAAGAAAUUACCAUAAAUACAAACGAGGCAAUCAAAUAAAUUCAACACAAUAGAAGACAUACGGAUUACUUCAAUUGUCAGACUGUUUACAAUGUAUCAUAUGACAGGGUAAAUUUAUUUAUUAAUCGAAAAAUCAGACAGAAGGUUCAUCACGCUGCAAAGUUUCGUUCACAAAUCGUCUUAAAGCUAAAAUGAAGUUGGGAAUCGUAAUAUUUACAUUUUUCGCUGUCAUCACAAGCAAUUUGUCAUCGAAACCAGUCCGAAACACUGGAUUGUUAUUUACACAGUGGACACGAACGGAGCCCAAUGCAACAUGCGAUGCAAACAUGAACAAUUGCAAAUACUACAUAGAAAUAUGUUGGAAUUGGCUUGACAACAACCAGAGCAGAUGCUUUUUAGCUUGGUUAAAAAGAUCAUAUACGUACACAAUGAAGCCAACCCAAACAAGGAGGUUUUCGCUAUUUUACUACUUUUCCAGGAAUAUUCAUAAUCCUUUGUGGAAACUCGUCGAUAUAUGGAGUGAUCGAAUGACCAUAGUGGAAAUUAACAUAUAUCAAGAAGGCAAAGGUCCAAAUCCUGUUGAAAGAUUGAACAUCAGUAAACGAUUACAACUUCCAAUCAGAGAUAUGAAUAAACUACAUGAUGAUACAUACAACAUCACUGGCUCAAAGUUUCGCGUCUAUGGAGCCAUAUACAUGUGGUGUGAUGAUAACUGUGUACCACCCACCACUGUGCCUACCACAUUACCCACCACAUUACCCACCAUAGCACCCCCCACACCUCCUUCCAAACCAUACUCCAAACCAACGUCACCGAAACCUUUCGCACAUGCUGUCCGAAACACUGGAUUGUUAUUUACACAGUGGACACGAACGGAGCCCAAUGAAACAUGCGAUGCAAACAUGAACAAUUGCAAAUACUACAUAGAAAUAUGUUGGAGUUGGCGUGACUAUAACCAGAGCAGAUGCUCAUUAGGUUGGUUAAAAAGAUCAUAUACGUACACAAUGAAGCCAACCCAAACAAGGAGGUUUUUGUUAUAUGACUACUUUUCCAAGAAUGUUUUUAAUCCUGUGUGGACACUCGUCGAUAUGUGGAGAGAUCGAAUGACCAUAGUGGAAAUCAACAUAUAUCAAGAAGGCAAAGGUCCAAAUCCUGUUGAAAGAUUGAACAUCAGUAAACGAUUACCAUAUCCAAUCAGAGAUAUGAAUAAACUACAUGAUGAUACAUACAACAUCACUGGCUCAAAGUUCCGCGUCUACGGAGCCAUAUACAUGUGGUGUGAUGAUAACUGUGUACCACAACCCAGUUUACCAACUACCAAAUUACCCACCACAUUACCCACCACAUUUACCACCACAUUACCCACCAUAGCACCCUCCACACCUCCUUCCAAACCAUACUCCAAACCAACGUCACCGAAACCAGUCCGAAACACUGGAUUGAUAUUUACACAGUGGACACGAACGGAGCCCAAUGAAACAUGCGAUGCAAACAUGAACAAUUGCAAAUACUACAUAGAAAUAUGUUGGAGUUGGCGUGACCAUAACCAGAGCAAAUGCUCAUUAGGUUGGUUAAAAAGAUCAUAUACGUACACAAUGAAGCCAACCCAAACAAGGAGGUUUUCGUUAUUUCACUACUUUUCUAGAAAUGAUUUUAACCCUUUGUGGAAACUCGUCGAUAUAUGGAGUGAUCGAAUGACCAUAGUGGAAAUUAACAUAUAUCAAGAAGGCAAAGGUCCAAAUCCUGUUGAAAGAUUGAACAUCAGUAAACGAUUACCAUAUCCAAUCAGAGAUAUGAAUAAACUACAUGAUAAUACAUACAAUAUCACUGGCUCAAAGUUUCGCGUCUACGGAGCCAUAUACAUGUGGUGUGAUGAUAACUGUGUACCACAACCCAGUUUACCAACUACCAAAUUACCCACCACAUUACCCACCACAUUACCCACCAUAGCACCCCCCACACCUCCUUCCAAACCAUACUCCAAACCAACGUCACCGAAAGCUUUGGUAAAAGCCAUGUAUCACGUUGGGUUGAUCAUUAAUGAGUGGACACGAUCGGAGCCCAAUGAAACAUGCAAUGCAAACAUGAACAAUUGCAAAUACUACAUAGAAAUAUGUUGGAGUUGGCGUGACCAUAACCAGAGCAGAUGCUCAUUAGGUUGGUUAAAAAGAUCAUAUACGUACACAAUGAAGCCAACCCGGAGAAGGACGUUUAAGUUUUUUGACUACCUAUCGCCCGAAUACGAAAUAAAUCCUGUGUUGACACUCCUCAAUAUGUGGAGUGAUCGAAUGACCGUAGUGGAGUUCAACAUAUAUCAAGAAGGCAAAGGUCCAAACCCUGUUGAAAGAUUGAACAUCAGUAAACGAUUACCAUACCCCAUCAACGAUAUUUGCUCAGUGCAAGAUGAUACAUACAAUAUCACUGGCUCAAAGUUUCGUGUCCUUGGAGCUAUAUACAUGUGGUGUGAUGACAAAUGUGUACCGCGCACCAAAAUAUCCACCACAAAACCUUUCACUCCACCCUCAACAUCAUCUACCCCACCACUUUCCAAACGAACAACAAACAAAAACAGACCUUCCUUCUGGCCUUUGCGCGUUGGAGGACAAAAAGGUGGUGAAAUUCCAGCAAAAUAAUGAUGAACGAAUACUGCGAUGCAACCAACACAUUUAUAUAUUCGGCAAAGACGCGGUUAAUUCAAACUCGAAACAAUUGAUGAAUAUUUUUGAUUUAUAACAAAAUUUUAGAGCUUGGGACACUUGUUUAAAGAAAACUUGUUUAAGGAAUUAAAAUACUUCCGGGGAAAAGCAAAAGUUUUUUCAACAAUAUCCUGUGGUCAAUUGCUUUCAUAUUUUAAGUAGUGGAAAGAUGUUUUUCUCAGGAAAGUAAUGUUCGAACUCGUUAAACAAGUUUUGAUGUAUUUGGGUAGUAUUGCAUAGAGUUAAGAGCAUUGUCCAGGAACUACAACUUUAAUCAAAAUUUGGGGAUAAAUCAACAAAUGGAUAAAUAAACAAGUAAAACUAAAGAUAAGUUUAACCUUCUAUAUACAGGCAAACCAAGAGAAACGUUUGCAUGAGAAAACUUAUUUGUUUGCCAAUAAAGAACAAGAACUAUUAAAUGUUAGCUGUGUGGAUGUAAUUAAAAAAUUGCAACAGGCUUUAAAUAAAUAAUGUAUGAAGAAAAAAAAAA